CACCACCUUGCCGCAAAACCCCUCUCUCCUCUGCCCGCCCGGCCGCCACUGUUGUAUAUGUACCUCCAAUCCUCCAUCUCAUCAGGCAUCAGCUUGGCCUCCAAGCCGGGAGGAAGGGGCGACCCGCGGCCGCGACCGCUGCGCGAACCCUAGCCGCCACUCCGAUCGCCACCGCUGGGGUUUUCGAUAUAUAUAUGCCUACGAGUUAGGACGAAGAGAGCGGAGGUCUGCGGUGACGCUGUCGUGAAGAAGGCUCGGGGUGGGGGAAUCGGCGUCGGAGGCGGAAGAGAUGGUGGCCGGGGCGGAUGUGGGCGGCGGCGGGAGCAGCAAUGGGAGCGGGGUGGUGGAGAUCGACGAGGACCUGCACAGCAGGCAGCUCGCUGUGUACGGAAGGGAGACGAUGCGGCAGCUCUUUGCCUCCAACGUCCUCAUCUCCGGCCUUAACGGGCUAGGGGCCGAGAUCGCAAAGAAUCUUGCUCUGGCUGGUGUUAAAUCUGUCACCCUACAUGAUAUCGGAAAUGUGGAAAUGUGUGACCUAUCAGGCAAUUUCUUUCUAUCUGAGGAUGACAUCGGGGAGAACAGGGCUGUUGCUUGUGUUGCAAAGCUUCAAGAACUUAACAAUGCUGUUCUCAUACAUACUCUAACAGAAGAAUUGACUACUGAGCACCUUUCAAAGUUCCAGGUGGUUGUUUUCACUGACAUUAGUUUGGACAAGGCAUUUGAGUUUGAUGAUUAUUGUCGUAACCACCAGCCUCCAAUUUCCUUUAUCAAGACAGAAGUCUGUGGUCUUUUUGGUAGUGUGUUUUGCGACUUUGGACCUGAAUUCACUGUUCUUGAUGUUGAUGGUGAAGAUCCACGUACUGGCAUAAUUGCAUCCAUCACCAUCAGCAGUGACAGUGACAAUCAUACAAUAGUGUCCUGUGUUGAUGAUGAGCGCCUUGAUUUUCAGGAUGGUGAUCUUGUUGUUUUCUCAGAGGUUCAGGGUAUGACAGAACUGAAUGAUGGCAAGCCAAGGACAGUAAUGUGCACAGGACCAUUUUCCUUUUGCAUCGAGGAUACAAGUAACUUUGGCACUUAUACAAAAGGUGGAAUUGUUACACAAGUGAAAGAACGGAAGAUCUUAAAGUUUAAGAGUUUGAGAGAUUCGAUUAGAGAACCUGGGGAUUUCCCUCUGUGUGAUUUUUCAAAGUUUACCCGCCCUCCUCUGCUUCAUUUUGCAUUUAUAGCCUUGGAUAAAUUUAGGAAAGAGUUUGGACGCUUCCCUGGUGUUGCUUGUGGUCUGGAUGCCCAAAGGUUUGUGGAGUUCACUGCUUCUAUCAAUGAAGCCACAAUUGACUACAAGAUAGAAGGCGAGCUUGAUGAGAAUUUGUUGCGGCUUUUUGCGAGUGGUUCUAAAGCUGUCCUGAACCCAAUGGCUACUAUGUUUGGUGGAAUUGUCGGUCAAGAAGUUGUGAAGGCAUGUUCUGGGAAGUUUCAUCCACUGUACCAGUUCUUCUACUUCGAUUCGGUCGAAUCUCUGCCUACUCACCAACUGGACCCUAAAGACUUGAAGCCAUUGAAUAGUCGCUAUGAUGCUCAGAUUUCUGUUUUUGGCUCUAAGCUUCAAAAAAAACUGCGGGAUGCCAAUGUCUUUGUUGUGGGAUCUGGUGCUCUUGGAUGUGAAUUCUUAAAGAACCUAGCUUUAAUGGGAGUGUCUUGCAGCCGUAGAGGGAAAAUUACUAUAACAGAUGAUGAUGUCAUUGAGAAAAGUAACUUGAGCCGCCAGUUUCUGUUCCGUGAUUGGAAUAUUGGACAGCCUAAAUCUACAGUAGCUGCCACAGCUGCUAGUGCUAUCAAUUCCUGCCUGCACAUUGAUGCUCUCCAGAACCGUGCCUGUCUAGAGACCGAGCAUGUCUUCCAUGAUGCAUUCUGGGAGGGCCUUGAUGUUGUCAUUAAUGCACUUGAUAAUGUUAAUGCUAGGAUGUACAUGGACAUGAGAUGUUUGUACUUCCAGAAACCACUCCUGGAAUCUGGAACACUGGGUACAAAAUGUAACACGCAAGUGGUAAUUCCUCACCUUACUGAAAAUUAUGGGGCUUCACGAGACCCUCCUGAGAAGCAGGUACCCAUGUGCACAGUCCAUUCAUUUCCACACAAUAUCGACCAUUGUGUAACAUGGGCUCGCUCAGAGUUUGAGGGUUUGCUCGAGAAAACUCCAAAGGAAGUCAACUCUUUUCUGUCUAAUCCUUCUCAAUAUGCUGCUGCCAUGAAAAUGGCAGGUGAUGCUCAGGCCAGGGAGUUGCUUGAUCGUGUAUGUGAAUGCCUUGAGAAGGAGUGUUGUGAGACAUUUGACGAUUGCAUAACUUGGGCAAGACUGAAAUUUGAAGAUUACUUCUCCAAUCGUGUGAAGCAGCUAACAUUCACGUUUCCUGAAGAUGCUGCCACUAGCAUGGGAACUCCUUUCUGGUCUGCCCCAAAGCGUUUCCCUCACCCACUGGAAUUUUCAGCUGCUGAUUCAUCACACAUUCAUUUCAUAAUGUCUGCUUCCAUAUUGAGGGCAGUGUCUUUUGGAAUCUCUAUACCUGAUUGGGCAAAGGACACUGAUAAUCUGGCUGAUGCAGUGAGUAAAGUUGCAGUACCUGAAUUUAAGCCAAAGAGCGGGGUGAAGAUUGAGACAGAUGAGAAGACCAAAAACAUCUCCACUAGUGCCUCAGUUGACGAUGCUGCCAUUAUCGAAGAUCUUUUAACCAAGCUGGAAGCUUGUGCCAAGAAACUACCUCCGAGAUUCCAAAUGAAACCUAUUCAGUUUGACAAGGAUGAUGAUACAAACUUCCACAUGGACUUAAUUGCUGGUCUUGCAAAUAUGCGUGCCAGGAACUAUGGCAUCCCAGAGGUUGACAAGCUGAAGGCAAAAUUUAUUGCAGGAAGGAUCAUCCCAGCCAUUGCAACUUCAACUGCCAUGGCCACAGGACUUGUGUGCCUUGAGCUUUACAAGGUUCUGGCCAGAGGGCACCCAAUUGAAGACUACCACAAUACAUUUGCUAACCUGGCCCUACCGAUGCUCACCAUAUCUGAACCUCUUCCCCCCACUGUGAUCAAGCAUCAAGAUAUGAGGUGGACCGUAUGGGAUCGGUGGUCGAUCAAGGGAGACAUCACAGUCGCAGAGCUCCUGAAUUGGUUAAGCGACAAGGGCCUGAGUGCAUACAGUGUCUCCUGCGGCACAUCGUUGCUCUACAACACAAUGUUCCCAAGGCACAAGGAUCGACUGAGCAAGAAGAUCGCAGAUGUUACCAAGGAAGUGACAAAGGUGGACAUUCCAGAAUACAGGAAGCAUCUGGAUGUCGUCGUUGCUUGUGAGGAUGACAACGGGAAUGAUGUCGACAUCCCUCUUAUCUCCAUUUACUUCCGCUAGGUUGCACUGCGAAAAGAGAUGAUGAAUGGGAGAAAAAAAAGGUCCCCGUGAAAAAGAGAUUUGAGUAGAUUGAUAAGUUCUGUUAAUAUUUUCACUCUUGUUAGUUGUUAAUAUGCCGUCGGUAGCAGAAAUGACCACAGCUGAAGUUGCUUGUAGUGCAUCUUCUUACGGUUCUGUACGGGUGCUUGGGCCCUGCUGUUGCAUGCCAAAUAUUUGCAGGUGUGCAAUGUGAUCUGGAUAUUUUGAUAAAUGAAUGCUUCAUAGCUACAGAGUUCUAUUCA